AAAUCUCUGGAUUUGUUUUCUUCAUUCCUCAGUUCCCCUUCCCUUCUACAGGCAUUUUUUUAAAUCAGGAGUCCGCUGAGUGGGGAAUUCCGUUUUAUUUUUUCUGAAUUUGAACAGAAACUACUCCCAAUAAAUAAAUAAACAACUGCCAAACCAACAUCUGUUAAACCAACUAAAAACACUAAAUAUAAGCAAGUCAAUCUUUUCAUAUCCUGUAUUCAAGUUAUGUUCAUGUUUCUGUGGUGUUUUUAAUGAUAAACGCCUUCUAAGGUGGCUAAGAUACAUGAAAACGAAAGAAAACAUUAAUAAAACCCCAAAUUAUAAACAAUAUGUAACAAAACUUAAAACACAAAAUGAAUCCCAGUACCAGAUGAGGGCCCAAGUGGAACAAUUACAAGGGAAAGAUUGUUUAUAUAAAUGGAUCUCAGGCAUGUUCUUCAUGAUAAAUGAUAAGAAACACCCAAAAAAUAGUUAAAAGUAUAAUCUGAGGUUUUUCUAGAACCUAAACUGGCGGCCCACAGGCUGGAUGCAUCAUGUCCAGGCCACACCUACCCCAGCUUCAUGAAGGGGGAAAACGUCACGAUACAUCAUGUGACAGCAACGUGAUGCUGCGAGUUUGACACCAUUGCACUAAGGGAAUAUAUUUCCAUAAGAGCCUCUUCCACCGUGUGGCUUCCAUAUUGUGUUUUUCUCAACAGAUUAGAAUUGGGAUACACACUGGACCAGUGCUGGCUGGUGUAGUUGGGGAGAAAAUGCCCAGAUACUGUUUAUUUGGUGAUACCGUCAAUACGGCUUCCAGGAUGGAAAGUCAUGGAUUGCCGGACAAAAUCCAUAUCAGCUCCACAACAUUCAAAGCACUUCCUCCUCAAGUGUUUGAGACAGCGGAAAGGGGAACCAUAGAGGUAAAAGGCAAAGGGAAAAUGACAACCUAUUUUCUGAAACAAAAUCUCAGUUCUACUGAGGAUGAAAUAAUGGGACGGGUUGAAGAAACUUUUAGGAAUGUUCAUAGCACUGGUAACCUAUUAGAAGCUGAGAGUUGUCAUGGAGAACAAUCGCAAGAGGAAAAAGAAUCAUUGCUUUCAAAACAUCUUGGCGACAACCACACCCCUUCAGCAUUUUGCAUUCUCUUUUAGAAAAGUUCAGCCAAUACACUGUGGGCAUUCUGUUAGUUCUUAUAAACUUCUCACCUUACUCAGAAUCAAAAGUGGUUUAUAUAAUUGGUAUGUGACCCCAGAUAGACUAGCAAAAAUCUAAUAAAUAUUGUAAGAAGUGCUGGAAAUGUAGUCAAAAUCCAGGUUCACUUUAUCCUAUGUGGUGGUCUUUGCAAAUAUGUGAAAACAUACUGGAUAAACAUAACGAUGUCAAUGCAGAAAUAUUUAAAAUACAAAUAUUAAUGAAAACCUGAAGCUUUUCUUUUGGGUAUGAUGGACAAGCCAAUUGAAAAAAAAUUAUUUAUUUAUUUAUUUAUUUUGUCACAACAUCAUAUAAAAGAUUAUAUAGUAUAUAAACAUAUAUAUGAGUUAAAAAAAAAUUAGGAAGUAUAAGCAUAUAUAUAUAUAUAGGAAGAAGAAAAGAAAAAAACAAUAAGACAGGAACGGUAGGCACGUUUGUGCGCUUAUGCACGCCCCUUAUGCUCCUCUUAGGAAUGGGGUGAGGUCAAUAGUAGAAAGUUUUUGGUUAAAGCUUUUAGAAUUAUGGGAAGAGACCACAGAGUCAGGUAAAGUAUUCCAAGCACUGAUGAUUCUGUUACAGAAGUCAUAUUUUCUGCAAUCUAGAUUAAAGCGGUUAACAUUAAGUUUAAAUCUGUUGGUUGCUCUUGUAUUAUUGCAAUUAAAGCUGAAGUAAUCUUUAACAGGAAGGACAUUACAAUAGAUUAUUGUAUGAGUUAAACUUAGGUCUUGUCGAAGGCGACGGAGUCCCAAGUUUUCUAAUCCUAGGAUUUCAAGUCUGGUGGGACAAGGUAUUUUGUUGUUUUCAGUGGAAUGGAGAACUCUUCUUGUAAAUUUUUUUUUUAUUUCUUUUGUCACAACAGAAUACACAAACAAUUGUUAUAGAUAAAACAACAUAUUUUGAAGAAAAUAUACAUAUAUGUAUAAAAAUAUGCAUCAACUAUAUCAAUUUGAUAUGAUGAAGGGAACAAUAGGACUCGUUAGGAUUUCUGGACUCGUUCAAUUAAAUAAAAUUAAAUAAAAAAUAGGAUUUCUGGACUCGCUCAAUUGUAUUGAUGUCAGAGAUGUGGUGAGGGUUCCAAACAGGCGAGCUGUAUUCUAGAAUUGGUAUUCUAAAAUUUGGGGUGCUAUUCCUUCAUAUGGUAAGGGCUGUGAGGAUUAUACUUGCCAAACACUGGAAAGAAAAAGGAAUGCCGACCGUUGAAUGGAUUUUGAAAUUGACUGAAUUAUCAGAGAUGGCAAAAUUAACUGCUUUGCUUAGAGAUAAUGGGCUAGGCAGCUUUAUAAGAGACUGGAAACCAUUUGUGGACUUUCUACAUGCUAAAUACAAUAACCGAUGGUUAACAGGAGUUUAAGAUUUAGAGUAUGUUUAGCUUAAUCCGUUGACUGCUUUUUUCUUCUUCUUCUUUUACAUGUAUUUAUAUUUGUAUAAGGAGAGAAUUUACCACUUUUCUUUUCAGCACCCAUACAGGGUGGAUCCUACAUGUUAAAUUUAUUUGAUCAAUUUUCCCCUCUUUUUUGUACACUAUUUUUUUCUUUUUUCGUUGUUGCUAGUGUUGAAUGUACAUUUUUGUUUUGUUUUUUGUUUUCUAUUUUACUUUUUAUGAUAAACAAUACAUAUUUUCAAAAUGUGGUUUAUAUAAAGGGAAGCUUCAUUUUUCCUGCCUUUGAGCAUACAUGCAGCUGCAAAAGAUGGGAUAACCAAGAGUCUGCUAAUAUUACCUUAUUCUGUUGCUGGAAAGACUUAAAUCUGGUCUUACUGUUUAACUACUUCAGGGAACAGAAAAGUCUUUCUCUUUGGCGCUACUCAGAAAUUGCAAACUAAAUUUCCAAUUUAGGAAAUUUAAAUGAAAUGGAAUGGAAAUUUUGGAAAUAUAUGUAAACAAAUUUUGGAAACCCCCUCCUAUUUUCGCUCUUCAUAAAUUAACCAGGGUUGUCAUAGAAGACUUCAGAAAGCAACACAAUGUUUGGUCAUAAUAUAAAGGCCACAGAUAAUAUUUAAAUCAUUUCACAUUGUGUUAAAGGACAUAGAACCUGGGUUCACAUACCAUAGUAAACUAUGAUUUAACAAUGUUUUAUUGAAUCAGCCAUAAUUAGUUGAUUCUAUUUAACAUUAAGCAAGAGAUUUAUAAAUUCCAAUGACAUAAACGGACACAGUGAGCUGGGGGGUGGGGGGAGUCAUAACUUCAUGACAUCAUUGUACAUACAAAUCGUUUUGGUUUGUACCGGUGGUGAAAUGUAAAAUUUGUUAUUACCAGUUCUGUGGGCGUGGCUUGGGGGGCGGUAAUGUGACUGAGUGGGCAUGGCCAACUUUUUUUUUUACUUUUAAAAGCAUUUUUUUUUGCCUUUAAAAGAAAAAAAAGCCUCCAACGAUCAGGCAACUCAGCUGGGAUCGUCACAGCCUUUUAAAAGCAUUUUUUUCCAAAGAUGUUGUGGAAAAAAUACUU